AUGUCGUAUCCCUACUACUGUGAGUUCUUCGUCAAAUUCCCCAACUACAUUCCUCCCAAAGACCCCGCAGAGAGGCUCGUCGAUCCCAGACAGAAGCUGGAGCCUGGAUGCACAGCGCAGUGCUCCCUCUGGGUCAACGAAUACGAUGCCUGCACAAAGCGCGUGAGAGCGCGCACCGACAAUAAAGGCAACUGCUCAGGACAGUAUGAGGAGCUUCAUGUUUGCAUCGACAGAUGUGUUGCCAAGGACAUUUUCAAAUAUUUGAAGUGA